AACUAGAAAUGUAGGGGCGGGGGAAUAGAGUGAGGGGGAGAGGGAAAGCGAGCCAAGUAGAGCUUAUAGGAGGCAUAGGAGGAGCUCGCGCCUGCGCCAAAAAGCCCCGGUGGCGUAUUUUUCCCCACCAGGCGAAGGUGGCGAUUGAGGCGGAAGGGGGCGGGGCUUUAUGCCUGUUAAGGGUUGGUCUGACACAGACCCAGAAGACUGGUGGAGCCGGCUUGGUCAGGGCCAAUUGCAAGGACCGGUGGAAGUGGCAGCAGAGGCAACUUCUGAAGCUGUCAGAUUUCGAGGAAGGCUGUUGUGUUCGAGAAGGAAGCGCAGGAGGAAAACAGUAAUUGUGGUCUGCCUGAGAAGCAAGUUUGGAGCCAGGGGAUACCAGGGUCCUGAUGCAGAGGCAAGCAAUGGUUGAGACACUUAAGAUUGAAGAUAACUGUCCACUGUCCGAACUUCUUCAGAACAACAAAGUCAGACUGACCCACCCUUGGAAAUAAAAACCUUAAAAAUGGAACAAGUAGAAGGAACAUGCAACAGAAUUCUGAUGGAGCCAUAUCAUUACCUACUUCAGCUACCAGGUAAACAAGUCAGAACCAAACUCUCUCAAGCCUUUAAUCACUGGCUGAAUGUUCCUGAAGAUAAACUUCAGGUUAUAAUUGAAGUGACAGAAAUGUUGCACAAUGCUAGCUUACUUAUAGAUGACAUAGAAGAUAAUUCAAAGCUUCGACGAGGUUUUCCAGUGGCUCACAGUAUCUAUGGAAUACCAUCUGUAAUAAAUUGUGCAAAUUUUGUGUAUUUUCUUGGCUUGGAGAAGGUUUUAACACUUGAUCAUACAGAUGCUGUAGCUGUAUUUACUCGCCAGCUGUUGGAGCUCCAUAAAGGCCAAGGCCUGGAUAUUUACUGGAGAGAUACUUACACCUGCCCCACAGAAGCAGAAUAUAAAACCAUGGUUCUGCAAAAGACAGGUGGCCUUUUUGGACUAGCUGUGGGCCUCAUGCAGUUGUUCUCUAACUUCAAAAAAGAUUUAAAACCACUUCUUAACACCCUUGGGCUCCUCUUUCAAAUUAGAGAUGACUAUGCAAACUUGCACUCCAAAGAAUAUAGUGAGAACAAAAGUUUUUGUGAAGACUUAACCGAAGGGAAAUUCUCAUUCCCGACUAUCCAUGCCAUAUGGUCCAGGCCAGAAAGCACACAAGUUCAGAAUAUCCUGCGACAGAGGACUGAAAAUGUAGAUAUAAAAAAAUACUGUGUACAUUACCUUGAGAGUGUGGGUUCCUUUGAAUAUACACGAAAAACCUUAAAACAACUUGAGUCUGAAGCUUAUAGACAGAUUGAAUCUCUUGGGGGAAACCCGGAGCUUGUAGCAUUAGUUGAACAUUUAAGCAAAAUGUUCAAGGAGAAUGAAAACUGAAACCAGUUGUCAGGCACAUGACUGGAAUCAUUUUAUAAUUCCUUCCAUUGAUGGAUAGGAACAGAUCUCAAACAUUUUAAGGGAUAAUGGUGUUUGGCUUCAUCCUGGAUUAUCUUUGGCUUAAUUUCAACUGCUCAUUUAAUACUGCAUAAAGCUACAAAUUUAAAUAUAGCUAUCAAGUUUUACUGUAAAACUUCAUUCUUAGUCCAUUUCUUUUUAUUGUGGAUUUAUUUUCAUUCUGACCAAGACAUGUAAUCAAUUUCUGAAUACAAGACGGCAUGGAAGUUUCACCUUCAAUGUUUUAUUAAAUUUGCAUUUAUCUA